AUGCCAGCUGUUGGCGACCAACAUCGCGAUGGACCCGCAUCCGUCGGGAUGCCAAACGCCCGAUCCACCACCGCGAACCCCUUCGAGGAAACUCAGCGCCGCAUAAGCGAGUACACAGCACAAGAUAUUGCGACCCUUCAAGCGCGACUGGACAAGAAGCUGGGCCCCGAAUACAUCUCCAAUCGACCAGGUGCCGGAGGCCAGAAAGUGCAUUAUCUUUCUGCCGACAAGUGUAUCAACCUCGCCAAUGAGGUUUUUGGAUUCAAUGGCUGGUCCAGUUCAAUCCAAAAGAUUGACAUUGACUUUAUUGAUGAGAACCAAAACAGUGGUCGAAUCACCAUGGGGUUGUCGGUAGUUAUGCGGGUCACACUUAAAGAUGGAACGUAUCACGAGGAUAUCGGUUACGGUCAUAUCGAGAAUGCCAAAGGCAAAGCGGCAGCCUUUGAGAAGUCAAAGAAAGAAGCAACAACAGACGCCUUGAAACGUUCGCUAAGAAACUUUGGAAAUGUGCUCGGUAAUUGUGUUUAUGACAAAGACUACCUUGCAAAGGUCACCAAAGUGAAGUCUGCACCGGCCCGAUUUGAUGUUGAGGAACUUCACCGACACCGGGAUUUUGUACCGAAGCCCCAAGCGCCUCCCGCAAAACGAGUAGCAGAGGAUGACCUUUUGCCUCCCCCGCGGCCCGUUGAAACUGCUAAGAGCAGCAAUGCAGUGGCAAGCGCUAGCUUCGACGGGGAUGGCGAAUUUGGCAGUGAUCUCUUUGAUGAAGCAGAUUUCGCUGUGGGAGCGACGGGCAAUCCCGACGAGAUAACAAUAGAAGCAGAAGCUCAACAGCAGCCGCCAACCCCCAUGAAUCGCCCGCAACCUCCGAGAGGACCUCCAGUAGGACGAUUUGAUAAUACUAUAACGCCAUCGAAGCCAGAGAGGUGGAACCCGGGGAACCAAGGCGCCAGACAACCCCUGCCCCCAAUUGGCCGACCCAACCCCUCAGCUAUGCCUGCUCAAAGCCGACCUAUGCCCUCGAAUGGACUUCCUAACAAUGUGCCAAAUUCGAGACCCGGGGGGCCGCCUCAAGUACGCCCUACCCCUGGCACCAAUUUUCAAAACCCUAACGGGCAGCCACCAGUAAAAACGGAACCAACGGCAGGAUUAAACCAAGACCAACAGCCACCAACUGGGACUCAAUCAGUGGGGUUCUUUUCGGCCCGUGUAGCAGACAUGCUGCGUGAUAACCCUAAUGCUGGUCCUGCCCCCGGAAGCCAAUUCGAUCCCCAUGCCGAGAGUCCGUCCAUCCGGAAGACGGCUGGCGUGGAUCAUACCAAGAGCGUGCCUAUCUCAAGGCCGAUGCUGUCCAAUGCCUCUCCUGCACCCAACAACAACUCCCGAGAUUUCGUCAACCCUACCACCGACUUUCAACGGCGAGUCGGUGCUCCUGGAGGUGCCGCGGGCGGAGCUGGCAGUCCCUUAUCCAGAGGCCCAUCAACCUCGACAUUUCGACCCUUGACCCGAACCAACAUUGACGCAAAAGCCUCCCCCAACGCCGCGGCCAUGAACCGAGUGAAUGUACCACCACAAAAUAUGAACGGAAAGAGACCACCGCUGAGUGACGUUACCAAUGCUUCACCCGGUUCCAAUCCAACCGCCGCCCCUCAGGCUGCGAGUCCCACCGAUCCUAAGCGACCUCGAGUGUCUGACGUAGGACAACAACAGCCGCCGCCGCAGCCCCAGGCCACAAAGUGA